AUGGAUCUCGCCUACGCCUAUGACCACAUCCAAGAUGAUGCCGAAUCGAAGCAGCAAAAGGACGGCGAGUCAGGCAAGGAGGAAGCGUCGUUGAACAAGGAUCUGCAGGAGGCCUACAAGUCCUUUUCCGCCAGCCCGUGGGGGAGCCGCAUCGGUGGCUUUCUUGGCAACGUGGUCAAGCAGGGCGAAUCCGUCUAUACCCAGGCCUCCAAGGAGUUUGCCGAAGUUGGUGAGGAUGCCUCCAAGGGCUUGAUCGGUCUCCGCCAGUCCCUCGUGGCCCAGACGCGCGGCCUGACGAUACAGGAUGUCCUACGCGGCGAACGCAUGGAGGAGCAAGGGGACGGCGGCCAGGGUGAGCGGUCUGCCGAUGCAGGUGGGGAGGCGGCCGGGAAGGAUGGCGAGGACGCUUCCUCCGAGACGGUGCUCUCGCGCCUCCGCUCCGAGGCCGCCAAGCGUCUAAAGGACCUCCAAAAGGCCGAGGAUGCGGCUGACGAGGCCCUCCUCCGCUUCGGCGGCAACAUCCGGAAUUUCCUGCGCGACGCCGUCAGCAUUGCCCCCCCCGAUAGCUCCAGUCAGGAGAGCAGCUCGUCCGUGCUUUUCGAGAGCAAGGACGCCAAGGGCAAGCGAGUCAUCCACACGUCCCGCUUCGACGCCCAGCUGCACGUCAUCCACACGUCGGUCGACGGCUUCACAAAGGACGCCUCGGGCCCCGAGGACAAGGACUGGUCCAAGGGUUUUGACAUUGAUAGCAAGACGGCCGACAUCAGCGCCGAUCUCGAAAAGUACCCUGACCUCCGCGCCACUAUGGAGAAGCUGGUGCCCGACCAGAUCCCCUACGCCGACUUCUGGAAGCGCUACUACUUCCUCAGGCACGGUAUCGAGACGGCUGAGGCUAGGAGGCGCGAGCUCUUGAAUGCUGCUUCUGCCGAUGACGAGAUUGGCUGGGGCGACGACUCGGAUGACGAAGAUGGGGACAAGGACGACUCCUCGGAUGAUGACGACGCUCCCGACGAUGGCUCCAAGGCUGUCCCUAAGAAGCCCGCUUCCGUCACGUCGUCCACCACCAUCCAGCCUGUUACCGCCGCCGCCGCCGCCGCCGCCGCACCCGCCGCCGCCGCCCCCCCCAAGGAUACCCUCAAGCCCGCCGACGCUCGCGACUCCAACGACGAAAAGUCUCAGGCCGAUAGCGAGGCGAGUUACGAUGUUGUCGGAGCCGCGUCUGGCCUGAACAGUCAGGCUCCUAGCAGCCCCAAGGAUCCCAAGAAGGCCGAUGAUGACAGUGACGAUGACUGGGAAUAA